AUGUCACAAUCUCCUGUUAAUAUAGAAGAUAAUAGUUUUGAAAAUGAUAUUUUUGAAGAUAAUAUCUAUGAAAAUGAUACUUAUGAAGAUAAUACUUAUGAAGAUAAUACUAUUGUUGAAUCUGAUAUUUCUCAAAAUAUAGAAAUUGAUACUAUUACUGAAUCUAGUAACUCUCAAGAUAUUGAAAUUGAUUUUAAAGAUAUAAAUAGUAUUGAAGAUAUAGAUGAUCAACCAA